AUGUCAUCAUUAUCAUCACUUCUGCUGCAAAACCCGUGACUGCUGCUGCUGCUGCUGCUGCUGCUGCCGCCUGCUCUCUCACUGCAUGUACCUCUGUGAAUAUCGAGUCAUUGUUACGAGAUGCGGCGCCCCAUGUGUGAAGCUGGGACUGUCAUUGAGCGAGGGAUGUUACAAAAGGGAAGGUUAUAGUGUGACCGCAAGAAGACAAAACUGGCAAGAGGACAGAAGCUAUAUAUGGACGUUUGCUGAAGCUCUGGAGUGACAGAAGGAAAGAAGACAAAAUAACAGAAGAUGGCAAAUUUGCAGAAAUGGUAAAUAUUUAAUGAUUGACAAAAAAAAACAACACACACACAAUUCAAUUGAGUGACUUUUUUUUUUUUUUUAAAUCCUUCUGACAACUGAUGACGUAAGUAAUGGGAUGGGAUGACAUGCACAAAUGGCACCAGCAGGACAACAAACGGAGCGUGACACACUGAGAGGCUGCUGUAAUUAAACGUGCAACACAACGGACGUAUGAUGAGAAAAGACAGACUCUUAAUGAUGACCGUGUCCACACUGGUGACCACAAAGCACGCUGGGCUAGCGGAGCUGGGUGCUGACCGGCCGACCAACGGACUGAGUAAUUAGACUCCCAACGACAGCUGUUUGUCUCUGACCAUGCCGGCAAGUUGGACCGGCUACAGAUUCUGCUACAGCUAAGAAUGCUGGGACAUUGGACACGAUACAGCUGUCUGUCAGAGCAGUGAGGAUGAAGAGACGAGGUCAGACCAGAGGCCAGAGGUUUGUCAAGGCAGACUACUACGAACUGGACUGGUACUAUGAGGAGUGCACAGAUGUGUUGUGUGCUGACAGAGUGGGCCAGAUGACGAAGACCUACAGUGACAUUGACGCUGUCACUCGAUUGCUGGAAGAGAAAGAGCGUGACUUGGAGUUAGCGGCUCGCAUCGGACAGUCACUGUUGAAGAAAAACAAAGCGCUCAGCGAGAGGAACGAACUACUGGAGGAACAAGUAGAGCACAUACGAGAGGAGGUAUCUCAGCUGCGUCACGACCUUUCCAUGAAGGAUGAGUUGCUACAGUUCUACACCAGCGCUGCAGAAGAAAGUGAAGGGGACUCUUCGUCCUGCACACCGGUGCAUCUCAGCGAAUCCGGUGUGUCAACUCCAAUGUUUUUCCCCCUGGACUGCCUGCAGAAGAAACUCAAAGAUCUGGAGGAAGAAAACAAAUCAUUGCGAUCUGAGGCAAAUCAUUUGGAGACGGAAACUAUCUCAUUUGAGGAGAAAGAGCAGCAGCUUGUCAAUGACUGUGUCAAAGAACUACGUGAUGCCAACCUGCAGGUUUCCUCUUUGGCUGAGGAGCUGGCCAGGAAGAGCGAAGACGCUUCCAGGCAGCAGGAGGAGAUCACGCACCUCCUCUCUCAGAUAGUAGACCUCCAGAAGAAGGCCAAGCUCUUUGCUGUGGAGAAUGAGGAGUUGACUCAGCAUUUAGGUGCAGCCAAAGACGCCCAGCGGCAACUCACUGCUGAGCUGCAGGAGUUCCAAGACAAGUAUGCAGAGUGUAUGGAGAUGCUCCAUGAAGCUCAGGAGGAACUGAAGAACUUCAGAAAUAAAACUCUACCGCUCAGCACACCGAGGCGUUUCCAUUCCCUGGGUCUGUUUCCGAUGGACUCUCUGGCAGCGGAAAUAGAGGGCACCAUGAGGAAGGAACUCCAGAUGGACGAUCCAGACGUAGAGGAGCAGAGACUUCAUCCAAAGCGGGUGUUCCAGACCGUGAAAAACCUCAACCUGAUGCGCCAGCAGCGUUCCUCCGUAGCGCCCUCCCCUCUCAACAUCCCGGGCUCCAAUCAGACUUCAUGCUUCACCUCAGGGCGCUCCAGCAGGGUGAGCACGCCUCGCUCCAACUCCAUUUAUGGUAGCGAGACGGGAAGUGGAAUCAUGCUGGACAACAGGACCAGCUGCAUCCUGGAGACCUCCGAUGACGGGUCAGAGGACUCUAACAAGCGCCCUCCUGGUACCCCUGGAACUCCAGGCAGCAGAGACCUGGAGGCAGCCCUACGGCGUCUCUCCCUCCGCCGCGACAACUACCUCUCAGAGAAACGCUUCUUCGAGGAGGAGCGGGAGAGAAAGAUGGCUUAUCUGGCCAAAGAGGAGGAAAAAGGAGGCGGAGGCCCAGGGACCCCGACAGAGAGCUUGCUGUCGAUGUGCUCACAUCCCUCCUUGGGAAGCGUCUGGUCGGGAUACUCAUUCACAGCCAGGUCCUACCUGCCGGAGAAGCUGCAGAUUGUAAAGCCGCUAGAAGGCUCCGCUACACUCCAUGCGUGGCAGCAGUUGGCUCAGCCCCACAUGGGCGCUAUGCUCGAUCAUCGGCCUGGCGUGGUCACAAAGGGCUUCCGCACUCUGGCGCACGAGGAGCAGGAAGAGAGCUGGCCGCUGGACCAACCAGAGGAGGACGAGGCCUCAUGUGACUCAUUCACAGGCUCGCCAGGAGAGAGCUUCGUUCCCAUGGAUCUGCCUCGCUCUACCUCAACUCCCUCCGCCCGCUGCAGCAGGAACGGCGCCACGGGUGAAAACGGCCAGCCAGAAACACUGAAUGGAGCUAUAUGCGGGGCCAGAGAGGCAGCUGAAGGAAAAGGUGGACAUGUUUCAGGCAUGACAUUUCCUCUCUCCAGCCCUUCCGCUUCUUCUCCUCUCCCCUCUUCUUCGGAGAUCAAUGGACACGUGGACCUUAAAGAGCUCCAAGCCUUUCAGCCUGUGGACCACAUGCCUGUUCAUUUCCCAGGGAAGUGUAUGUCCCACACUAGCUCCACCUACACCUUCACCACCUGCAGGAUCCUCCACCCCUCUGACCAGCUGACCUCCGUGUCCCCCAGCCCGGCUAUGGCCUCGUGUCAGAGCAGCACUUGUGCACCUACCCUUGCUUCCUCCCCUAUACCUUUCUCAGCCCCGUCCACGCCUUCCUACACGCCCUGCUGCACCCCUCGCCGCCUCUCCCUCUCUCUGUCCCUAGCCGAAUCCUCCACCAACCUUCGGGACUCCACCAAGACCACCAGCACCUCCCUGGGCCUGGUGCGCCUCCUGGUGGAGCGUGGGAUUUCUGCCUCAGUGUAUAACCCGUGCAGCUGGGACAGAGGUCUGGACGCUUGCAGAGCCUCAAUAAAUGCGAGCGUAGCUCCAGAGCAGAGGUGGACGGACAGGCCUGGAAAGAGUGAGGCCAGACAGCCGAGGAAGCGUCCAGACACCCUCCUCCUCCUGCAGCCCUCCACCCCACCCAGCUCACCCUGCCCCAAAUCUGCUUCCUCCACCACUACAGGGCCCAUGUUUCACUUCAGCCCAUCCGCUGACGAUCCACCGUAUUAUGAAAUCUUCCUCGCCUCUAAACCGGCUCGUACCAUUUUGAGGGAGGUGCUGGGGGAGGCAGAGCGAGAGGCCCAGGCGGAUGACGACGGCCAAACGGAGAUGACAAACCUGCGACUUGUGGACAAACUGAAACGUUUCCGUACACUUUCCCCUCUUUCCACUUCGACUUCAUCUGGGAGUACUCUACUGGCCCCCUUUGCCUCCACUGGACUAGGGAACAGUGCACUGGGUGGGGGGCUUCCAGGUUUGAACACAGGGCUGAGAAGGAAUCGAAGUUACCCUGCCAUGGUGGGGGCUAGUAUGGCCAUGAAAGACCCGGGAGGCGCCCCCGGCUCAGAGAUACUGCUACCACAUACGAUGCAAGCCUCGCAUACACAACACACACAGGAAACGAGCAAAACGCAAACCAAUCACACACUAAUCCCAAAGGUCAAACACAUACCACAAACUCUACAUGCACUGGAAACCCUGACACCUCAGACCAUAAUACAGAGACACACCAGGCAAAGCGAUGAACUGCGGGAGUCGGCAAGACGCAACCAAUACAGCGAUGACGAAACUGGAACAUAAAAGGAAAUAUUCAGUAUGUGAGCCCAUGAUACACAACAUACAAUCCCAUGACACAAUUACACACAUGUAUUUAUUUUAGAAAAUAUACCAUACGAAACCAUACGGCUGUAGAGUAUACCCAGGUGAAAGAGACAGUCCACCCAGAGACUAAAGUAAUACCCAUGAAUGAACCAAACCAGUAGUGGCUGAAACUGUUACACUGUGUUAUACUCAUACUGUCAGGCCAGAUUGAUGAUUACUUUGUUGCCUUCCUCUGUGUCUAUUGUAGUUGUAUAUGCAAUAUACUGUGUCAUAUAGUGUACUGUUAAAGGCCCAAUCUGGUGUAUGUUCUAUGUUCCCUCUAACAUGUCCUUUUGGUCUCAUUCUCCCCCUCAGCAGCCAUGAAUGAAUUAAAAAAAGAUAAGAAUUUUAAAUAUGCUGCAGUGACCUGAAUAUAAGUUCUGGGAUUAGUUUGAAAUUACUGCAUCGUGGCUUAUUUGCGGCCUUAAAGGACCAGUGUGUUGUGUUUAGUGGCAUCUAGUGGUGAAGUAGCAGACUGCACCCUUUUUCAAAGGAUAACCUACAGGGGCCACCAGGUGCCAGUACUUGCACUCAAAUGUACAACUGUACCAAAUAGUCCUAACACGUCAAAUGAUGAAAUUACUUUAUAUUUUUUUUAUGGCGACCUGCUCCCUCUGUAGAUAUUAAUCCUUCUAAGCGAACAAAACCAUAAUGAUUCAUAGCACUUUACUGCUAAUAGAUUCUUGGGAACACUUCCAUCUGGUUCUUCAUAGUCACCAGGAUAUCCAUUAUCUAGCAACACAGGCACUUUCUCUGUGGGGAAAAAAACUGUUUUUGGUUUUGCUUUAUUUCAUAUCCAAAAACUUUUUUUUUUCUUGGAAGGGUAGUGUGAUAUUUUGCACACACAAAAUGACUAUUUCAUGUCUGAUGUCGUUCCAGUGUUGAGGCUAAAAUACGAGAUGGCCUUCCCAACGGAUAUCGAGAGACCAAUUAGGGUGGUUAUCUUACUCUAAAACUAUUGUUGUCUUAUAUUCAGGUCACUGUAGUAUUUUUUUAAUCCCUGAUGGUUUGCUGUGUCCUGCACUGAAUGAAAGAAAAUGCUCGAGAGAUUAUUUUCUACCAGCCGCCCCUGUCAUGAUUCUGUAAUUUCUACUCUGAAAACUAAUCCAGAUUGGGCCUUUAAUGUGUCCUCCUGCUGUGACUGAACGUUCUGAUGUGCCUAAAAACCAACAUAUUACUAUCUCCUAGGAACCGUUUGUUUUCUUUGAUUGCUUAACUGUAUUAAUUUGCCUUUUAUUACAUGAUAUGUAAAUUGCGAGUAAUAGUGCUAAUGGAUUCGUUUGCAUCUGAAACUGCCCACGCAUGCUCAUUUUGAGAUGCCUGCUCGCAGCUCUUUGUUUUGAUCUCCUAAUGAGAUUUAGACACCGAGGGGAACACGUUGCACACAAAUGGAAAUGCAGAGCGUGUCCAUCCAGACAGCCACCUGUUAAAACGCUCACUGCAGACAACACAAAACAUUUUACCCCCUCCUUGUUUUCUGUUCUGUUUUUCAUCUCGUCGUUAUAGACGGAGUUCGAGGGGAAAGUCUAACGUAGGGUGAUUUGGUUGUGAGUGAGGCGUGACACGGACGCAAAUACCUUAAGCUCUCGCUAAAAAACCAAAGUUGAAACCAGAGUCGAAGCCGGUUUGCGGCAUAUUUUGUGCACAUUGUGUCUCCGCGAAGCAGCUUCGUAGCAAAAUCGAAUCAUUAAAUUGCAAUUUAAUUUAAUCUCUGUCAAAGUCAAACAAGCAUGUGGGUGGUGAAAAAAAAUGUAAAGCAAUAUUAAACAAUGAGACUUUUCUGAAUGUAACUGUAAAAAAAAAAAAAAAAAGAGAGAGAGAGACUUGAAAUAUCUAAUAGUUGGUUUUAAAAACCUGAGGCAAGUGUUGCUAUCGCUGACUCAGUUCCAGUGUCUACCUCAGACUUUGAUGCAUGUUUCUCAUGAGUCCACAAGUGCGUUGUGACAAUCCACCAUGAAGAAGGACACAUGGUUGGAGGACUCAUUUUAUUUUUCAAGAACCUCUUACACACUUUCUGUCAGCCUUAUUUGACAAGUGGACAGCUAACACAAACCGUUCACCUACGAAUAAAAUGGGAGCCUGUCCAGGAGACAUGUCUGUCUUCAGACACUUGUGCUGAUCGUGCAGGUUACAUCCGUCAAAGUCUGAGUCACGGACGUUGUAACUGGACCGAUGAUUGACUGAUGAAAUGGGUGAAGUAGCUGGCUGCGAUGCUGGCGAUCUGUUGUAAUCCUUAAUGAUUAAGGGACUAAACCUGCUGGGAGAUUAAUUCAUUAUUAAAUAUAUUUAUCACUAGAAGCAUUUUACUAAGUUUAAGCUGUACGUGACUAAGUGAAGGUCUUUUGCAGAUUUUAUUUAUUUUCGAGUUUGUGGUUAAAUGCUCAACAUUUCUGUGGCACUUAAAAAUAAAAUGGCUUCUAAGCAACAUUUCCAUUAACAAAAAAACAAAAAAAAAAGUAGCGUUAGAUGCCUGCAAGCCUGCAGUACAUGGAAGCUGCCUAUUACUUCAUGGCAGAGGCACAUUUAGUAGAGAGGAGAAAAAAAGCCAAUUUACAGUAUUUAAGAACAAGUGUUUGGACUGAAGGAACGGAGAGUUGGCGUGUUUGUGUGUGUGCUGGUUUUACUGUGUAUCGCGUCAUCUGAAUGUAAUUUACUGCAAAGGGUAAUCUGCUGUAGGGCCAUAUAUUUGUGUACAGUAUGUUGAUUUAACUUCUGUUUGUUAUCCUCAUUAGGGGGACUAUUAUGACAUUGUAAAUGUAUGCAUCACAGAUAUUCAGGCUUUUUUUUUAUUAAAAAAAAUAUAAAUAAACAGUCGAAAAAAAGAUCAUUUCAAUUAGUGAAUGGAAGGAAAAUAAACUUCUGGUCAGGGAUUGAUGAGUUCUAUUCUACAGAACAGACUGUACUGUCAAUAAAAUAAUAAAAAACAUA